CCGGAAGUUAAAAAUGGCUGAGGAACUGGAAGCAAAUUUAUCUACAUAUAAACUGCAAUUACAGCAAGUUGAAGCCUCCUUGAGUAAUGAUCCAACCAAUGAUGACCUACUCAAACUCCAAAAAGAUCUCAGUGAGGUGAUUGAGCUGACAGAGGACCUCAUAGCUCAACAGAAUGAGGUUGAUUCUCAAGAAGAUGAAACAGAUACAUUAGAGGCAGCAAGCUACACACAACACAACUGGAAAGUUGGGGAUAAGUGCCAAGCAUUAUAUAGUAAAGACAAUGCACAUUUUAAUGCCACGAUAGAUGAAUUAAUGGACGAUGGGACGUGUACUGUUACAUUUGAAGGCUGGGGGAACACAGAAGUCACAAAGAUUGGGUUACUGAAACGAUAUAUCGCUCAACAGAAACGAGAAUCUGAUUCAGGAGAGGGUGGAAGUGCUGCUAAACGACCAAUGACCAAAAAAGACCUCAUUAUACAACAGAAAGAGUACAAAAAGAAGAAGAAUGAAAAGAAGAGACAGAGAAUGAAAGAACUUGAUGAAGCAAAAGAAUCUGAGAAAAAUAAAUGGCUAGCCUUCAAUGCAAAGACAUUUUCUAAAACCAACAAGGGCCGAGUGAAAAAGUCUAUAUUUGCCACACCAGAUGCUGACAAGGGCAAUAAAGGAAAGAUGUUUAAAAAUAAAGUUGUAUGUGAUACUGCUUCUGAUGGUGGGACCAUUGACUCAAUGGGAGUUUCCAGUCCAUUUCUGUUCUUGGAAUUACUUGUGGUUCUUUUUAUUACCACCAUAUUGUUUCGAACAAGUCACGGAAGAGUUGGUCACCAUAAGAAAUGUGCUGUGAAUAGUACAGCUCAAGUUGAAAAGUAUGACAGGGUGUUUGUGUUUGCUGGGGAGGCCAAGAAAGUUAUCUUAAAAAGACAACCCUGGCCAGAGUCUGCGUACGAGCUUCAUAAGUUAGCAGGAAGGGAAACAAGGAAACAGAUUAUACAAGAAGGAAGGAAUGCUCUUGAUUACUUCAAGAACAGAUAUGGACUAAAUGUGAGCCAUUUAAUUACUGAUGACCAGAUUUACAAUGGUGAGGAUGUAGCAUUUGGAAAUUUUACAUUCGUACACGAGGUUCACUAUCUCAAUGAAGGUCCCUAUCGAUUGAUAAUGGAAUCAAAGGGAGAUACAGCUCACUAUUAUAACAACCCACCAGAAGUUGGCUUAGUUGCUUUUAGUUUGGACAUUCACGAGGACCUCAAUGCGGGAGGUACCUUUGACAAAACUUUGUAUCCUGGAGAUUCACUAGGUUAUGGAGAUUACAUCAUUAAAACACCUAAGCGCUGUUCAAUUGAUGGUUUGACUGUUAUUCAUUUUCUUGCUAAAUCGGUGAGCUAUAAAGGAGGAUAUGCUGUUAUCACACAUGCUGACUAUGGGACAGGUUCAUAUCAACUAUCACUAGUAACACAUGAUGAUGGUGUAAUUCGAGGAGUUAAUGUGCUUCGUUUUCCAGCUCAAUAACAAUUACACCUUAAGUCAAAUAUACAAUGUAUCAACAAUCAC